UAGUGGGUUGCACAAGGACUAAAGCUGAGCCUAAAGGCCUUCUGGCACACAUGUAAUAAUUUGCUGAUUCCAAGUGGAGAGUGCCCUUCAUAUCUUUUGCUUUUUCCCCGUUCAUCGUCGUCAUUUCUCUCAUGUCACCUUCAGCCGUCAUUCCGAAUACCGUUGGCAUUGCUCAUCUGCCGAACCAACGUCAUAAGAUUGUUUCGCAACGAGGUGCUAACUUCACCCUCAUGGUAUGCGGCGAGUCAGGCGUCGGUAAAACCACGUUCGUGAAUACGCUAUUUACAACAGGCAUCAAACAAGCCAAAAAUCUGUCGAGCCGUCAUACGAGCCAAUUGGAACAAACAGUGGAAAUUGAAAUCACUAAAGCAGAGCUUGAAGAGAAGAAUUUUCGCGUCAAAUUGACAAUUAUUGAUACACCCGGAUUUGGCGAUUAUGUGAACAAUAGAGACAGUUGGCUUCCAAUUGUGGAAUUUAUCGAUGACCAGCAUGAAAGCUACAUGGAGCAAGAACAACAACCUACCCGUGCUGGUAGAAUCGAUCUUCGAGUGCAUGCAUGCUUAUAUUUCAUUCGCCCGAACGGCCAUACGCUUAAACCCCUAGAUAUUGAAGUUAUGAAGCAUCUUGGUUCUCGAGUGAACCUUAUCCCUGUGAUUGCCAAGGCAGAUACGCUCACACCUCGAAAUCUAGCUCUAUUCAAACGAAACAUUUUGGACGUCAUCGCCGCUCAAGAUAUCCACGUAUAUUCUUGCCCAAUUGAAUCAGAUAAUGAAGAUACUACUGCUGUCAACCAGUCUAUCAUGACUGCAAUGCCGUUUGCUGUGAUUGGAGCGACCGAUGAUGUGACAACAGUAGAUGGCCGAACUGUGAAGGGGCGCCAAUAUGCAUGGGGUGUCGCAGAAGUAGAGAACGAGGAUCAUUGUGAUUUCACCAAGUUACGGAAACUAUUGAUCCGAUCGCAUAUGCAUGACCUGAUUUCCACAACCGAAGAGGAGCAUUAUGAAAAAUACCGCCAAGCACAAAUGGAAACAAGGAAAUUUGGAGAAGCAAAGCAAAAAUUGUUUGAGAAUCCCAAAUUCAAGGAACGAGAAGAACAAUUGCGCUCCAAAUUUACAGAACAAGUGAAAAAGGAAGAAGGACGAUUCCGACAAUGGGAAACUCAGCUGGUAACUGAGCGCGAUCGUCUCAACAAAGAUUUGGAGGCUCAGCAUGCGCAAUUAAAGGCCUUGGAAGCGGAAUUAGAAAAUCUCUACCAAAUGCAGCAUCGUGGAACGUACAGACGUUAAACUCAUCAAAACUAACCAGCAAUCUAUUUUACGUAGUCAAAAUAAAGGACACACCGUUUGAAAAAUGUUAGACGUAGGAUUUCACAGUGCGUGUUGCUAAGGUGGGUGGUGUCGAUUGCUACGACGGAGUAAAAUUCGUAGACUAGGUUUUUCAAUCUGUUAUCUCGGUGAUCCUUCCACGACCAGAAAAGAUGUACUUUUUUCAGUGAGCGCACGCUGCGGAUAUCUAACCUUUUCUGAUAUAAGUAAAGACAUAGAAUAGACAGAAGGUUUGAAAACUUUCAAAUAUAUGCAUAGUUUUGGAGUAUUUUCUCCUUUCAAUGGAUCAGAAAGAAUUCAAUGCGCGA